AUGUGCAGCAAAGAAAGAUACUUUCACGGCCCAUGUCGGCAUAUUCGCCGAAGACUUAUCAAACGAUGCAACUCACCAGACGCCCGUGGCGACAAUUGGAUCAAAUGCCAAAACGGCUACGAUAUGGCGGGUUUGAGAGAACUGCAUGAUUGGUGUCCGGUGUGUAUCUAUUGGAAUACCAAGGAAUACCUUCCUGUGGACAUGGACCCCGAGACUCAACAGGAAACUUUUGAUAAGGAGAUUCGGGAUCAAGCUAUAGGCAAAGAGAUUGGUCUUAAUGAUGCGGUUCGUUUUUGGACGUUCGGGCUAUGGUCCGGCCCAAGUGUAGCCAAGAUUUUCACCCCCCGCUUUGAACCGUUGCCCGAAUGCUCGGAAUGCAUUGGGCGCGAAGAUGCGCUCGCACCAGGCAUUGGGUUUGACUUGACAGAUUCGUACGGGGCUGCAGCGAUUAGAUAUCACAAUAAGUCGACUCUGAAUUUAGGAAAAGUCGAGGCAAAUCAAGAGUAUAAAGAGCUUGUCGAGCGCUUGUCCGACCCUUUUACGAAGAUCUCCUGCCAUAGCACCACUUGGCAAGAAGUCCACUGCUCCUAUCUUCACCUAAAAAGACGUCUCAACAAGCUUUGCGGUCGUCCCGCAACCCGCGAUGUUGGCAUCCUCGCGAACCUCAUGUCCCAGCUCCGUACUCUCGCCGAUAGCCACCUUGGCGCUGGUACCACCAAAAGUGUCCUCCCUACCAUGCCCAGCCUCCCCGGCCUCCAGGAAGAAGACCUCCGUGACGCCCUACAGCACAUUGGUCUUCGCACCCUCGUCACACACAAGCACCUCGGAUACGUUUGGGAGACCAGUGCCGUGCUUGCAGGCAUGGGCUUUGGAUUGUGUGAGCAUCCCGAAAAUUGCGACCAGUGCGAGGUCGAGGAGGCUGAUAUGCCGUUCCUGCAUGUCCUAGCGCUCAGCCUGACUAAUAGGUCGUUCAGCGCAGCGUAUACGUAUACACAAUCUGCGUUUCAGAGCUAUCAUGAAGCGGAGAGUGUGCGGUUCGAGCUUGGCCUGGAGAAUGAGGGAGAAGAGGCGUAUUGGGACAGGAUACGCGACGUUAUAGUGGGUUUUGGGCAGAUGGCCAAGUGGCCUUUAAACACGCCGCUACUUUUGGGUGAAGGUGCGGGACAUUCUGAAUUUGUGAAAAUUGUGCAGGACGCGUUGUUCAAGUUGAACCUGGAAGUGGACCCAGUGUCAGACUUUGGGAACAGGGAGAUCCACUGGCUCAGGCAAGUCCGCCGGGCUGUAGAGAGCCGACUCGCUGUUUCGAAAAUCGAGAGACAGAGAAUGGUCAAGAAGUUCUGA